CGGCGGUCCUUUUUAUCAAACUUGGAUGAACGGGAAUCAAAUGAAUAGUUACAAUUGUCUUAGUGUUUUGUUCCUCAUCCAUUUGGUGCCAUGGAACGCAGCCGCUCAGAACAUCAGCACCACAAGGCCUAGCACUAGUUCCCUGGACCUUGUCGUCACUCCGCUUCCAUGGCCGCAUGGAACCGAGGAUGUUACCACGAUUGCCUCAGUUACCAUGGGUAAUUCCACCCAAGCUCAAGAAAAUUUAACAACAACAACUGCCCCUUCCACAUCCAAUCAUUCAAGCUCUUGGACAACACCCCCUGUAGGCUGCUACCGAGACUCUUACGUAAAACCACGACCUCUUCCGGAACUUAUUGCAAACUUCCGAGGCACUAUCGAUCGCAAAGAUGUUAACAAGACCGUGAUGGCAUGUGCUGAGAAAGCCCGAGAGAGAGGCUUCAAAGUCUUUGGAAUCCAGUACUACACGGAAUGUUGGAGUGGUCCCGGGGGCGAGAAAACCUUCGGACGGGACGGUUCAUCAGUGGACUGUGAAGAUGGAGUCGGCAAAUCUGGAGCCAACUUUGUUUACAGAUUUGGGGAUUAUGAAUUGUCUUCUCGUCCAAUCCGUGUACAGCCGCGCCGCCUGUGUUUCCCCGCCAUUUCUCAAGUGACGAUGGAGUCUGGUGCGAGCAUCCCUAUGAGUCAUUUGAAAGUCGGGGACAAAGUGCAGACGCUGGGAACUAAUGGAGAGAGCAAGUUCAGCGAGGUUAUUACUUUUCUGCAUAAGGAAAUCGAUGCUGAGGCACAAUUUUACAACCUCAAAACCAAGACAGGAAACAGCAUUAAGUUGUCCGCACAUCAUCUGAUUUUCAGAAAGGAAACAAAUACGUCAUUUAUAUCCGCUGUUUUUGCCUCAGAAAUUAAAAUGGGAGAUUUACUUAUACUGAAUGGAAGCGGCCCAAUUUUCGACACAGUUACACAAAUUACACAUAUGACAAUGAAAGGUGUGUAUGCCCCCUUAACAAGGCAAGGCACUUUAUUUGUUGAUGGCGUAUUGGUAUCGUGUUAUGCACACUGGCCUUCUCAUGAUGCUGCACAUUUAGUUAUGGCACCGAUCAGAACAGCUGACCUGCUGAACAGAGCCUGGAAAAAACUGACCAGCUUAAUCGUUUGGUUACCUGAGUGGCCGGGGAAAGAUUCCUUAAAAGGAGUUCAUUGGUACCCUUCCAUUCUUAUGUCACUGACGAACACCCUGAUAAUAUAAAAUCGCGUGAAGCUCUGCAGGUGUUCUAUUAUAGUGGAUUUUCCAAGCCUCCUGGCGAGAUGGUAUUAUAGGGCAAGUUUACUGCGGAAAGAUAACGCUUUUACUGGGGAACGCUUUGAGAAACUUCCAGAAAAGAAGCAAAUAUACAAAGAAUCAAUUAACUCAUAUAAACAAAGCCUCAAAUAGAUUUAACGACUAAUGAAACUUGGAAUUGUAAUUUUAUUCACUUGUUGCUUGAAAUUGUCUAACAACUAACAACCUUGACAUACAUGGGCAUUAGUAUCUAAUGCAAUACUUGGAUUUAAAAAACGUGAGCUUGUGAAUUCUAAGAACCUCUGUUUUCAAGAUCUUUUACUUUGUAGAUUCUAACAAGCCAGUGUUCAGUGGUGUAAGCUUCCUCUAACACAUCCAGCUCGAAUUCCUACAAGCAAAAAAAAAAACAAAAACAACAACAACAAAAAAUUGAUUUGUACAAGUCAUGGAGUUUUAUGGUUGUACCUGACAGUUAUACAUUAGGUGCUGUGCUUUAUUACAGUCCAGUGAUGUAUAAGAUAUGUUUGCAUGAUUGGUUGCAUGUUGCAUAAAUCAGACAUGGUAUACAACCUAUAACAGUCACGGCUGAGAAAUUAUCGUGCACAGUUUUAAUACUGAAGCUAGAGACUGACAUACCUUGUUUCCGAUCUCCGCAUUACGCACACGAUCGUAACCAGUGGGUUUUCCUAAGCAAAUAAAAAAGUCAACAAGAUGAAUGUAAACAGCAGUUAGGGUCUAA